AAACCCCAAAACAAAUCAAAAUCCAGCAUUUUGCUCCCAUUUCGACCUUAUAAAACGAACCCCUUCUUCCCUCUUCUAUCUCACCAAAAACCCUCAACUAUGGAUCAAAAGUCUCCUAUAACACCCUCACCAAAAACACCACCCCCGACUCUACCGAUGAAUUCUCCUUCUCCGGCCACUGGUUCGGCUAAAACCAGCACUCCUAAUCGUCUUUCGGUCCCAAAAGCAUUCAAAUAUCCGGAAAUGUAUAAAAGCCCAACUGAUCAAAUCAUGUCACCUGUUUCAAAAGGGCUUCUUGCUAGAAAAAAGUCUUUUAAAUCAUCUCCUUUGUUACCACCAUCAUCUGCUAGAAAUCAACAACACAAGGUUCCAGGUUCAAGGUUUCAAGAUCUGGGUGCUGUUAAAGUUUGAUGAAUUUUGAUGGGUUGAUAUCCUUUUUAGCUAAAAGGGUUUGUAAAAGUUGAAAUAUUGAUUUAUUUUGAAGGGUUUGAUUGUUUGUGUGUUGUUAGAAUCUUGUUUUGUAUGAUUGAA